AUGGUGGUGGAGAUGGCGAUGGCGAUGGCGAUGGCGAUGGCGAUGGCGAUGACGACGAUGGUGGCGAUGGUGGUGGUAACGGUGGUAGCAGUGAUGAGGCGAUAUUGCGAGGGAGUGGGACAGAAAAUAGGUCUAAAUUACUAGUU